AUGGCAGACUUUGACGCAAUUUAUCCGGACGAGACGGAAAGUGAGGAGAACAUAGAAGAGACACAUGUGACGUUAGUGCCAGACCCGAUCAUCGUUAGAGGAGCUGGGAAUAUGACAGUUUUCGGGCUGAGUAACCGUUUCAACGUGGAGUUCCCAUCGGGGUUGCAGUCUCGCGUGGCGCCCGAGGAAUACCAGGCGACAGUAGCCCGCAUAAACAGCGUGCUCAAGAAGACGCUGCCCGUCAACGUCAAGUGGCUAUUCUGCGGAUGCGUCUGCUGCUGCUGCACUCUCGGAUGCUCUCUCUGGCCUGUUAUUUGUCUUAGCAAACGGACGCAGCAUUCCCUGAACAAACUGUUAGAGUGGGAGAACAAUCGGCUAUACAACAAGCUGGGCUUGCGCUGGCGACUCACGAAGCAGCACUGCGAUUCAUCUUCCAUGAUGGAGUACGUACUUCUCAUAGAGUUUAUACCCAAAAUUCCCAUAUACAGGCCUGACUAAGGCCUUCGCAAGCUUCGCUUUACGUCUGUAAAUAUACAAUUUUAACAAAACUUAUUCUAAUGCCUCAAGUCUCAACAACUGAUCAUAUUCAUCGUUAGCUAAAGCAAAUAAACGUCAAGCUUUGUCCAUGAAAGUACUAUAUGAGUAAUGUAAUCAAAGUUGUAAAUAAGAUAUAUAUGUAACAAAAAGUGCAUUAACAUGGACAAAUAAAAUUAUACCUAUCUUAAUUGCUUCCCUGUUAGAGAUAUACGUCACCAUAUGAAAAUUGCAAGCUUCUAUAUAUUACAUAAUUGAUAUAAGAAAGCGAGUGUUAACCUAUUACAGUGUGUAUAAUUUAUCGUUAAGAUUAAGAGUUGAGACAGAUCUAAUGGUUGUUGAGAUAUUGUUAUGAAAGUUGAUAUAUUAAGUAUAUUUAUGUAUAAAAAGACGCUGGUAGAAACAUGGAGGUCCAUAUAGGUGUCUCAGAUAGAAUAGGCUGAAAUGUGUGCAGUUGAUUAAUGAAAUUGUCUUAACUAAAACGUGUCGGAUAAUUUAUACUGUCUGUAAGAAACCACCUUGGUUCACUACACUCUAAAACCAAAGACAGUCUUUUGAUACGCAAGUGUAAUAGAGCUUCAAAUAAUUCUCUGCCAGUCCAUACCAUCUCAUAUUUACAAUCGGCGAUCGUGAGUAAAUGGGAUAAGAGAAGACGAUUUUUUUUUAGUAAUUUGAUUCGAAUUGACUUAGUUUAUGAUAUCAUGUUAAUUAACUGUACACUAAACUGAAUAUUAAGUGACCGCCCUAAUGACAUUGUUUCUUUUAAGUCUCUCUCGCUCUCCGAACGAGUGUUGGCGCGGUUUCCAUACAAUAUGGUCAAGAUACUAAUAUAAAAUAAAACUGCGCCGCACUCGAUCUGUGGCGCUCCUUAGGGCACCUUAUUUGGACAAACACAUUUUGGGUACACACUUAUCAAUACUUGACUUUUAUUUGGCACGUGCAAUAGGAAUUAUUUUUAAUCGACUUUUUUAUAUUUUUAGCAUGUUCAAUGCGAUAUUGCUCUUUGUUUUUUUUUUUUUUGUAAACAUUGCUCCAGAUACUUUUUAUCUGACAGUUUAUGUUAAACAUCCUAUUUUGUAACUAGAUCAUAUUUAUAUGACAUAACCGAAUAUAGUCGUUGUUGUCUCUUAUAGUUCUCAUCAAAGUAUUAUUUUUUUGAGUAAAAUCUUAUUGACCGCAACGCUCAUGGUGUUAUAAAAAUGUAAGGUGAAUUUAAGACUAAGGAGAUCUCAAAGUUACGGAUUUGUAGUAUAAUAUGGCGAGGCAGCGGAUGUAAAAUGUGGAGUAAGAGAUCUGUCUUAUGAUUGUUGGUGUUUUAUGUCGACUGUUUGCGCGCCGCAAUUGGUUUCGCAGUUUCGUUGUAAUCAAAAUAAGCUUUGCUUGCGCGAUUUAAUGCUAUAUAAGUGACAUCAUAAUAAAUGCGUCACCGAACAUAUAUUAAUACCUGUGAUGGUUUGAGGCAAAUUGCAUAGCCGCGCGAGUUAUAGCAUUUAUUCUUGUCUUUCACUAACACAGAAAAUCUGUUGGAUUACAUUACAAUAAAAAAAAGGCAACGUCAUACUUGGAAACAGUACGUAAUCAUGACAAUGAAAUGACACCAUGUUGCCCAGAGCCUGCGCCCGCGCCGCUUUAACUUCAUAAGCGUUGCUCAGAAUUCAGGCUUUGUGCUUACUCUGCUUAGGUGCCGUGACUUAAAAAUGCAGAGAAAUAGUUAGAAAUAAUAAGUGGUGUUUAUAAUUUUUGUUAUAAUAAAUCAAACCUAUUUUAUGAAACUUCUAAACAUGACUACAAUGUAAUAUCACGGAAAGUACAAAAAGUAGGUUGUUUAUGAUUACUGGUUUAAAACAAUCAAAAUAUGGCCUUAGCAAGAGCAAAAUAUCUCGUAAGUAUGUAUAGGAUGUCUAUGAAGUUAACGCCUACCUCAGGAACUUAAACUAGGCGUACUUUCACAAACCGAUAUACUAGUUAGGGCUAAAGCACAUUUAUUACCGCAGAAUCGCAUUAAGUGGGUCAGAGAUAGGGGAGGGAUUCUCUGUGAUGUGCGCGAACGCCCGCGUAUGCACGCGAACGGACGCGCCGCGUUGGAGCGCAUACGGCCGCGUCAACCACCAGUUAUGUGAAUUAUAUCAUUAAUGGUAUAAGUUGAUACUAACUACACACAUCAAAAGUGUCUAGGGAUCAAGUGAAUAUUUUUGAAGUAAAAAUUAUUUAAGCAAUAUUUAUCAAAUCCAGUCUUC